CUGACAUAUGUGGAAAGUGUUGUGUAUAUUUUGAAGAGAAUACUUUGAAAAUGUUUAUUAUUAAAAAUGUGAAUUGAUACUCCACGGAUUUUAAAACUUUUUACGAUUUUUCGAUGAAAACAACAUUGCCAACAGUAAACUGCAAUGUGGAUCUGAGUCUGAAUUAAAGAGUUAUUGGGACGAAUGAGUUUGAAUGAUGUUCGUAUUUUCUCUUCAAAUUCACUAUGUUUAAAUUAGAAUCGUACAUAACUCCAGUGAUCUUAAGCUACGUGGAAAAAUAUGUUAAAAACUUCAAGCCCGAGCAGUCGCAGGUAUCCUUAUGGGGUGGAGAUGCAUCUUUUCAGAAUCUUGAUUUGCGAUUAGAAGUUUUAGAAGAGCAAUUAAACCUGCCCUUUAGUUUUGUCAGUGGACACAUUCAUGAAUUGCUUAUUCACGUACCAUGGGUAAAAAUUACAUCGGAGCCUAUUGUCGUCACAAUCAACACGAUAGAAUGCAUCUUGAAACUAAAAGAUGAGACUCAUAGCGACAAUUCUUCCACAAGUUCGCAGAAAAGGCAAAAUGAGGUUCUACAAGAAGAAGCACCUCCCGGAUACAUCAAAAGUAUAGUAACAAAGGUCAUAAAUAACAUAACGAUAAACUGUAAUAAUCUGAUAUUAAAAUACGUGGAAGAGGACAUUGUUCUCAGUAUAAAUGUGAGAUUUUUGAGCAUGCAGACAGUAAAUAAUAAAUGGGAGCCGGCCUUCACUGACGUUAGUAGCUAUGAAGUCAUGUUACAAAAGAUCUUAACUAUUCAGGAUUUGACCCUGUGUUUGGACAAAAUGGACACUUCCGGUAAAAUUGAAAUUUAUCAGGAUCCAGUAUUAUACAGGUGCUCUAUGAUGAUCCGGCUGAUUAUGAACUAUCAUAGUACCACAUCCAAACGAGCUUCAGUCACGAGAUUGGAUCUGCAUUGUGAAAAAAUGGAAUUCAGCACGACUGAGCAACAAGUGCCAAUGUUAUUAAGACUGGCAGCUUUGCUUAUAGCACUUAAAAUGAAGCAAUUUCCAGAUAAGAAAGAAAAAUCGUCGUCAACCAUGGAAGACAAGGAGGGCACCACUCAAGAGGAUUCGAAUCAAGUGCCUGGAACUUCAGCUGAAGCUGUAGGUUGGGGUGGAUGGGCUUGGAAUACUAUGUCGUCUGUUUUUCCAGUCGCUUGGGAUAACGACUGGUCAAAUGAACAGCAAAUGGCAUAUGCGGGACACACAAUACAUCUUGGAAUUUACAUAGAUGACGCUACCUUAACUUUCAAGGUGGCAGAAAGCAUUAAAGAACAAUUAUUUUACAAGUCUCGGAAAAUUAAGUACAAGUCGUUUUUGUCUCUGAGAUUCACAGGAGCUGUAGUUGAUGCUUUACUUCAAGGAUUAACAAUGUCUAGUUUUCAAGUGGGUUUUGGAAGUAUACAUUUGUAUCCGAGAGGAGCUUGUAGUUGCGGACAUCUUGAAGUCAUAGAUGGAGUAAAGCCUCCUCUCUACUUAGUAGCUGGAAAAUCAACGACUAAUCAUUUGAAGAAUACACUUUUUGAUGACGAGGCAGUGGAAAAUAGGGGUAAAAAGAGGAUCUAUAAACAAGGCAUAGAUAGUCAUUUAUCAAUGUUUCCUGUUGAGAAAAUGUUGGAAAGGUGUCCAGCAUUUGUAAUGGACUACGCUCACCAUAUUGAAUUAUCAGAUGAAAUCACCCCCGAAGAAUUAUCCGAAUUUGGAUAUAGCCUCGAAUAUAGCAAUUUUCGUGAACAUCGAGUGGUGAGAUUUGCUAUCGGGGAUUUAAAAUUUCGAUUGUGUUCCGGAAUUUUGCACCGCAUGGAUACGAUAGUACAAGCUGCAACGACUUACGAUUAUACACCCUACAUUAUACCAAAACCAGAGCCAGCUAUUGGCGAGCUGCCACCAGUAACAGUAGAAGAAUAUGAAGCACUGAGGGAAAAUAUUCCCAAAAUGGAAAUCAAAUUAUUUAUGACUAAAGGCUCAAUUCAAGUGCAGCUGGCUGAUCAUCGCAUCACGGGCUUACAACGGCAGCGAAAAUUUGUGGAAACUAGAACAGAGCCAUUGACACCCUCCCUAUCAGACGACCCUUUCACAAGUCUUGAAUGGGACAAAAUGGUGGUAAAUUUGGAAGAACCACUUUAUCCAUUCAGGGUGACAGCAUGUGCUUCAAAACAGACCGAUCUACCUCAAGAAAUGUUUAAUCAGUGCCAUAGGCGAGUCAGUGCACAAAUGCAGGGGGUAUAUUUUCAACUUUAUCUGAAACCAAAUUGUCACACUUCGAUAAUAAUGCCUUGUGCAGUGGACUGCAAUAUGAAUUUUUUACUCUACCCCCAAUACUGGACAAGUCCUGAAGUGAUCCAUGUGUCAUUUGCUGUCGAAAUUGACGGAAUCACAGUCACUGGUACAAAAUCAAAAAUUAUGGUCGCUAGCUCUAUCGUUUCUUCAGUCCUUCAUCCAGAAGAUACGACAAAUCCUCUCGUGUGCUCUUCUCUUUUCAAUGACGCCUGUGAAGAAAAGAGACCAACUUACCUCGAACUGUGUUUAGAAAAUAUAAAUUUUAAGAAUAUAAAAUCACUCGCAGUUGAGUCCACUACUGUAAAUAUAGGGUCUGUUAGAAUAUUUGCUCAUAACGAAACUGAUCAAGCAUUCAUUCUCUCGGGACCAGAAAUAGAAGAUGAAAGGAAAUCCGAAAGCAAUUCGCUUUUAACAGCUGUGAUACAAUAUUCCAAAGACUCUAAAAGUCGAAGAUAUCCAACCAUCGUAUCAUUCCAAGUCGCCCAAAUAAAAGGAUGCCUGGAUCCUUUGCUUUUUCAAUGGCUCGAGUAUCGUGUUACAUAUUACAAAUUAGAUACCCUCUACGCUGCAAAACCAGAAGCCCAACAGCAAAUUUCUGAACCUUCUGUGUCCAAUACUGGCAGCAAAAAAAGAAACUUUCCUAGUCUACAUGAAAGUGUCCAUAGUUCGUCCGAUAAAGAAAAGAGGAAAACGGACGAAUUGACGGAAAAGUCACACACUGUCUAUAAAAUCGACGAGACUGAGAAACGUCUACCAAGUAACGAAAGUACCACUCAAGAGAAUCUACAGAAUGCAGGGUUUCUGGAAAGAUUAGUCGAGUUGUAUCCUUGGUGGCAUGGCCUUGUUUUAAGUGGAUUUGUUGGACAUAUUACCAUUUAUAUACCAACCAGUACUAUGAGCGGUAUCGAUGCCAAUGGUAUCGAAGAGGCGAAAGAUCGAGCAAUAAGGGAAAAUCCAAAACUACAAGUCUUGGUGGUAAAACUUCCAAUGCUACUUAUUCACUCCAUAGGCGCCCAAUUGGAUCUUUUAAAUCCGUUUCUUAAAGAACUACCAGUAGUUUUACCAAAAUCAAUUUGGACUCAAAAAACUCAAAGUUUUCCCUGGAGACUGGACAUUCUUGACUUUCAGUGUUACACUCUGAAACACGAGAAUCGAAAAAAUUUCAUAAAGCAGGCUUCAUUCAAUGCCACGAUUGCCCUUACAACUAAAUUCAAUUCGUCCGAUCCUGCUCAAAAUAAACUUUCUUCAAUGCAAUUGUGUAUCUACGUCGAUACAUCUCCGAUUAUUAUUUCAGUUUCUGAAGAACAGAUCAUUUUUUUAAGAGACAUAGUAUCCAACAUCUCAAAUACAGUACAAGGUUUUGUUGAAUUAAAGAAAAUGGUCCAAAGUUCUUCGCCGGUUGUUAAAAAUGUACCAGAGUCUCUUCUAAGCAUGCCAUUAGCUUCUAGUCCGUCCCCAUUUGCAUACCCGGAAGAUACGACUACAACGUCAACUUUAUCUGUGGCUAAAGAUAAUUCGAAUCAAGAGAAAAACAGUUUGACUUUAUCGGCAUGGAUUCAGUGGACAAUAACUAAAGUCGUGGUUAAAUUUUAUACGUCCGAGCAACAUGAGCAUCCUCUUUUAAAACUAGUUUUGGAAUUAGAAGAUAUAAUAACCUCCGCAGAUAUACAGCCAGUAUAUUUUAAGCUGAUGCAUAAAAUCACUACUGCGACUAUUUUCCACUAUACGAGGGGACCACAUGCUCGAAAUUGGGAUUAUGGCGAAUAUGCUGGAUUGUUAAUGUGUGGACGAGAAGAUAAUUUGGAAAAAGGGGAAGACACAGGAUUUCUGAGUUUCACAUUAACUAAAGCGAAAUUAGGAAAUGUUCACACACGAUGGGGUGCCAAUAAGCAGUACAAGUCUGACAAGAAAGACUUCCGAACUGAAGAAAUGAAGCUUUCCAGUAGCUACAUCACAGAAGUGGAUAUGAAACUCCAAAUGAUGGAUCUUAUUUUACCACCAAGUGUCCUUGGAAAUUUUGUCCAAUUAAUUAAACCGUUUCUAAAUUUCCACGACGCCAUUCAAAGAAGUUCAAACAUCCAAGAAAACACCAUUAAGCCACCUCUAAUCGGUAUUACGAAUUUGAAAAAUGAGUCUUUGCCUCUAGUCUAUUUGGAAUUUAAAGGAUUUAGACUCAUGCUUCCAGUUUCGACGACAAUUUUACAAGGACUGCAGCACGAUUUACUGAUGCUUCAGUUGGAUGGUAUUCGAAUUGCACCACGCGCUGAAAAUCCUAUAGACAGAAUUCCACUUCGCAUGGAUGUUUAUCAACUAGCGGCCCAAGCAAACAUAUUAAACAUUCCAGGAUCGGCGGUUGAAGACAGACAGUAUCAAAUUAAUGUCAAUGGAAUUUGCGCCUACACAACUACUUGGAAAAAUUAUCAACAAAGUAUUACAAAGAGAAUGUCGCAGUCUUAUCUUUACACAAUGCAUGAAAAUCCUGCUGUCGAGUGGAACAAACUAGGAACUGGAAGUAGCUUAGAACCCCAUUUUUCCACUUUUCCUAUAAUAACAAGAUUCGACCUCUGCCUCAUAAUCGCACCCGCGAUUACAUUUCAACCCAGCAUAGUAGUUUGCGGAAGUGCAGCCGAAAUAAAUUGCCUCACUGAUAUUGAAAUAACAAUAAAUUUACAUCAGAUUCGUCUCAUGUCUGUCCUUUAUGAGGAAUUUGAAAGUUUAUUAUCAGAGUGUUCUAAAGUUACUGAGGCUGAUGAUCCUUUUGCUCUCACUGAAAUUGUUACUGUAUCAAGUGCGCUAAAUACAAUAAUUACUUCUUCACCAAAAAAUCGAGGAGUCCAUGAAUCACAAGCCGAUUUAUCGUUUGAUUUUGAGACUUCGAGCAUGCACUCUACAAAUAUUGGAAAACAACCCGCACACGGAAUUGUCACAUUCCCCCCCUUUGAAUUUUUAGUCAAUUGUGGAAAGAUUACUUUUGUGUUGUAUGAAAUACAAAAGACGUUCGAAAAUACUGGAUAUCAAUCUGAAAGUGAAGACAUUUACGAAGAUGACAGUAGUCACUUAAAACAACCUUUGCUUUAUAUUAUGAUUGACCAACCGAAUCUUUACAUCUCGCAGCAACACCUAACUCAGAAAAUUCAGAUUUCUUGCUUCGAUUUUGCAAUUUCACUUGGAAAUGAAGAGCGUCAGGACUCUACAUCAAUACCCAAUGAAGAAGAUUUCAAAGUAUUUCUGAUUCAAGCCAAAAAUGGAGAUCCUCAUCCAGACACGGGAAUUCCGCCUUCGUUUGCGACAGUAAAAUGCGAAACGCUGCCAGGAAAAGGCCCACAAUUUUAUCUCGAGAUGGGUCGUCCGACUAAAGUUCACUUUUCUUUAGCAAGGCUAAGGAAGAUCAAUUCCAUAAACAAUAAGGUGAAAUCAUGUUUUGUCGAGGACGAAACCAUUAUAAAAUGGUCUUCAAAGUCUUCGAGCGAUCUAAGCACUAUUCCUCAAGAAAAUUCCGCUAGUCCUAUAAAAUACAGCGUACCUGAUUUCAAUCUCAUCACGAAACAAUUAGUCUUCUCUUUCACAUCUCAUUCAGGAGCAGAAAUAAUUCUCAGCUUAGCUUCAUUAGCUGGAAGUGUACUAAAUGUCAUCAGACCCGAAAGAAUUUAUGGAAAUGCUACACUAGAUUCCUUCAUGAUUUCCGCAUCAUUUGGCGAUAGCAUGAAAGUUUUUCUAAAUCCAUGGUGUUGCAACGUUACAGUUUGUCUACUUUGGGAAUCAUGGCAGGACAAAAAUUCGUUUCCUCAAAUACAAAUUCAAGCUGAUAGCGAUAGCAUUCAUUUGAAUUGUGGACCACAACAUAUACAAAUUAUUAAGACUGUUUUGCUAGACUGCCAAGAAUUUUCGAACCAGCAUACUACGCAAUCGCCAAGUUAUAAAGCAGAGGAGAAACCUUCUUUGCCAAUCACGGAACAACAUUAUAAAGAUGAUCUGAAAUCUGGAGUCUUCCAAUUUGUCGAUGGAAGUGCUGAUGAUCUACCGCUACCUUAUCAGGUUGUAUUCUUCACGUUUCCUCAGCAAGCUAUGGCUUGGAGAUAUCCUCAUCCAAGGGCUCUCACGAAAAUACAUGUCUCUCCUGUUCCUUUUGAAGCAUGGAAUGAAGAAGACUCGGAGGAUAGGAUCCACUGCGUGAUUGAAUACUGGAGUGAAAGUCAAAUGACAUACCAAAGAUACGUCGAAUUUUAUUUAUCCGAAACAGACAGCUAUCGUCUAGAUUUGCCGGACAAAACGCCCGCACGGGCUGUCGCUAGCGUAUGGCGAAUAGUUUUAGCACCAACGAAUCCAUCGCUUUCAAAAACUCUCGUACCAACUCGAGCGCUGAUUGCCUGUCUGCGAAUCGACUCUUAUUUCAAUUCAACGAUAAUACCACACAUCCAAGCUGCACUGAACAUCAGUUCAGUUCACUUAGCUCUUUACAAUUACAUCCCUCCCAACGCCUACGAAACCCUUCCUCCCCCACUUGCUGAUUACACCCUGAAUGGAAUGAUUCCCGAGAUGCAGUGUUUUAUGUGUCUGGAACACAAGGAAGCUGUUAUGAUUUUCAAUAAAUGGCUCGACGGAUCUGCUCUGAUUGAUAUCAGCGGCACUCUCAGAGUUCACAUCCUGGAUUAUGGUCUCUUGAUCCUUCAGGAAGUGCUUGAUAGUAUGUACGAAAAAUUGCAAGUCUCUGUCGGUGAAAAAAUGGACGUCUCGAUGACCUGCAGCCCCUUUUCUUUAAAGCUAAGUCCAGCCAUCAGUCACACUUUAGCUGUAUCCGCAAAUUUAUGGGCCGCAGCUUUAGAAGAUGAGGCUAAACCUACGAUCAUUGUGACUCGAUUUAUAAUCGCUAACGACAGCAAUGUUCCAAUUCGUUUCGGACAGAAUGGAACUGAUGAUAAUAUUUUACUGGAGAGUAGACAGUGUCAUUUUUACUCCUGGAGACAUGCAAAUAAUCAGUCGUUGAGAAUAUCGCUCGAGGAUAAUGCCUGGAUUUGGAGCCGGCCCUUUUCCGUCAAGAAAGAUGGCAUGCAGAACGUGGAUUUUGGAAAUACGUCGGAUAUUUCGAUUUGUGUGAAUGUGUCGUCCCUUUCAGCUACUCAGAAACUUGUCACCUUCUCGGGGCAAUUUAUUGUUUCGAAUCAACUGACGGAUAGCUUUCAGAUGAAAUUGGUUAAGUACGAGUUGUUUUCGAGGGAUAAGACAGUGCCGUUUAAGGAUUUGUUUUUUGUCACCGGAAACAGUCAACCUUCUUCUAUUGUGUUGGGGGAUAAUGCGAGCAUGACAAUGCGUUUGAGGUUUUCAAGCAUUCCGAAUUUGGCAUGGACUGGUGAUAUUCCAUUGCAGCCAAAUACCAAGUGGGGCCAACCUUGGCUUGUUAAAGUGCCUUUACAAGAAAGAGGACAAUUCAUUAGCAUUUGGGUGCGAAUAGUCAAAGAAGAUGAUAGAGGAAAAACUAAGAUUCUUGCAGUUUUGAGUCCUCUUUACAUGAUUCGAUCAUAUUUACCAGUUCCCGCUAAGGUUCAAAUCGAAACUCCUUCUUUGAAAGGAUUGCUGCAUACUACGGUUAAGGGGCGUGGCGAGAAACAGCAAUUAUACUGUCCCGGCACAUUCGAACACUUUCAUCAACUCACUUUUCAAUUGGAGAGUGGAGUUUCAGCCUCAAAUCCGUACGUUCCAUUAUCUUAUAGUUCGGUUGACCAACGUAUAUUUUUUAAGAGGCCCGAGAAGGAAAAUAUACAAGAAAUUCUGAAGGAAUUAGAUUCUUUAAAGACUGAAUUGCAGUGGCCAUUUCAAACCGAUGAAGUUUUCGAAUGGAUCGCUGCAGAACAACCGCAGACGCACAUUCAGGUAAAGUAUCAAGAUGCUGGAUUGGUAUCGAGCACGCUGCUUUUGGAACUACAACCUUGGUGCUUUAUAUUAAAUUCUUCUGGAUGUCAUAUUUCUCUCGUAUCAGAGGAUGUAGAACUUUGUUCUGUACCUCAUUUUGGAAUCGUUGCACCUCCCAAAUUAGAGGGUACCUUUCAUUUAGGAGUGGCAAUUGGAGACACAUAUUACACAUCCUCUGCUCUUCAAUUGGCUCGACCUGACUGGAGUCAAAGUUUUUAUAUGCCAAAGAUUGGAGGUUUAAUACCAGUUGAAGGAAGUACGAAAACUGCUGUAGAUUGUGGCUCUAGUCUUUGUAUUGUAAACAUCAAAAGCAGUAUGCUUGAAGACAUGCGUUUAGUUCGAAUCUGUAGUAGUUAUGUUAUUGGAAACAUGACAGGUCAGGAAUUGUGUGUGGCUACACUCGCUCUUCCUGAAGAUUCUAGUGAAAUUGAACUACCUGCCGAUCUCACUCCUCACAGUAUAAACAUUCUGCCAACGGAAGAUCAAAAGCAAGCAGUACCAAUAACCCAGUGGCAUACAUUAGAUUUACAGAACUUGGAUUCAGUUGUCUUGUACAUAUCUUUCAGUUUAGGACAUCAGUGGUCUUGUCCAAUUAGAGUUGAUCAGAGUAUUUACCGGAGAAGCGUUGCCGUUUCUAAUGAUUAUUCAACCAUGCCAGUGGUCAUCACAACGCAAGAAGAUAAAGGAACAAUGUAUAUUUUAAUCCAUCCAGAUGACCAUCCACAGCUUUUGAUCGACAAUUCUUGCUUUUUUAAAAUUUUCGUCGGAGAGUCAAACGAAACUGGAGAUGCAAUUUUGCAAGAUACUCAACAUUUUUCGUGGAUGUGCAAAGUUGAGAGUGGCAGCACGUGUCAUUAUACGGUACCAACAAUUGCCAGCAGAAUGCCAGAUUCUCCUGCAACAAAUGUAAAUACAACUUUGUUGUUAUCUACUCCACCGGUCGGAGAUGGUGAUUUUCGGGGAAAAGAUAAAGGAACUUUAAGAUGGUCUCGAGGUAUCAAUUUGUCUCUGAUGAUGAGCGGGACAUCGGAACAAUUUGUUCGACUUCCUUAUUACGGCGAUGUUAAAGUUAUCAUGCACAAACGCUGUUACACGACCUACUUAAAUAUUGGCCCCAUUUCUCAAGUGGAAGUAUCAGCUCGUGACAUCAGAAGCAAAUUAUGCAAGACAACUAAAUCGCCUGAAACGGAAGUAAUCUACAAGCGAAUGCUGGCAAUACGAGAAGAGGAAAAGCCUCUGGAAAACGUACAAAGUUCUGGGAGUUCCACAUCGGUGGCGACAUUUUUUUCGGCCCAAGACGAUGAUUUGACAGCGGACACUUCUUUCUUUUCUUUAAACAACACAAGAGAAAUAAGUGCGAUUCUAAAAUCAAGUGCGAAGCAUCGAGCUGGUUACGAGGCCUUAAAAGCUCUCGAAAAGUCGAAUUGCGUUUACAAGACUGAGGGAUUUGUCAUUAUUUAUUUUCAAGGAAUCAAUGUGGUUGCAAUGCAAGACAUUAAUGAACAUGGUCAGCGAAUGGAGGUUGCCAGUUUAUCCAUGACAGAUAUGAUUCUAGCACUGGAUUCUAAACAGAAUCAGAUGAAUUGGAAUGUUUACAUAGGAGACUUGCAAUUCGACAAUCAGAUGUUUGAGCAGGGGGGUUUCGAUUUCCCGGUCGUAUUAAUAAGUCAGAAACCUCCAGUUAAAAAGGAGAAAUCAUUUUAUUUGAUCAAUUGUUUGCGGAGUAAUAUCAAUCACAUUACUGAAAGUUCCUUGAUAGCGAUUGCUUUUAAUUUCGAAGUGGAUGGACGUAAAAAAGCUUGCAAAGACUUUCGAGUAAAAAUAGGACCGAUUAGUGCAUAUGUCGAAGAUACUUAUGUCAGUCAAUUAUUAGAUUACGCAGCAUCACUAAUGCCGCCCUGUUUUGUUAUACCUGAUGGAGGAAAAAAAAUACAAGUAUUAGCUGGAGCAUCCAAUGUGUAUAUACCUGAUUAUAUAAUGAUCGAUGCGAGAAUUUUAAGCUCGCCUCUGAGGCUCCAAACUUUUACGAUUGAACCAUUAUCGAUUUUAUUAAGCGUGCAUACUUCGGUGCAUCUUUAUGUCGCACUCGAUCAUUCACCAUUGUACUUUGGAACAUUCGAGAAGACAAAUUUAUUGACGACUCCCUACAGACUUGGCAAUGCGCUUACGAUGCAUUAUUUAUCGGGAGCAAUAUUUGGGGCAGGAUGGGUUGUUGGUUCUUUGGAAAUCUUAGGAUCACCAGGAGGAUUAGCACAGGCAUUAGGUUCUGGUCUGAAGGAUUUUAUUGCCUUGCCAUUCCAAGGAUUAUUACAAGGACCGUGGGGUUUUAUUGUUGGCAUAACGCAUGGAUCUGCAAGUCUCAUGAAGCACAUCACAGCAGGCACAGUAAAUUCUGUGACAAAAUUAGCGUCAAGCGUGGCUCGAAAUCUAGAUCGUCUGACAUUAGAUGACGAACAUCUCCAGCGCCAAGAAGAGUCGCGAAGAGUGAGGCCACAAGGAAUGGCUCAAGGGCUCUAUCAAGGACUCACUGGCUUCGGAAUGAGUCUUCUUGCUGCUGUCGCGGGACUGGCACACCAUCCUCUUCAGCAAGUUAUGUCUGGUGAGUCGACGACUAUGGGUCUCGUCACAGGGGUAGGUUUAGGACUUGUGGGAGUAGUUACGAAACCUUUGAGCGGUGCAGCCGAAUUAGUGGCUCGUACAGGUCAAGGACUUUUACAGGGUGCAGGCUGGAAUUCUUUGCCUUCUCCACGCCAAAGGCCAGUGGUUCAAUAUUCUACUCCCGGUUGCAACGCCGCGUCUCUCCGAUACGCUUGGCGAUUGAUGCCACUUUUAGCAAAAAGUGGCGACAGUAUUUUGCACGUGGCAAAUGCUGACCAUGUUGUUCACCAAGGCAGUAAUCGAGCUGUGAUAUUAGUCCUCACGCGGCAGGCAUUGUUACUAGUAAAUGUCGCCGAGGACAGUGUAGAAAAGAUAUUUUCCCUAAAAGAAUUAAUCGGUGCUGAUCAUCCGUCUGACUCCACGAUGUUACGUUUAUAUUGUCCAUCGCCUGUUGCUCCGCCAGCGAGAAAUGUCUCUCCAACUGAACACACCGAGAUGAAUCAAGAAAUGAGAGCCAGAGUAGCUGAAUUUUUGCGAACCAGCAGUACGGGAAUUGCAAGCUUAUCCACCAAUAGUGACGCACAAUCAGAUACACAUGAGACUGUAUUGCCACAACCCGAAAGUAGUCUGACGUUUUAUGUUAGCUCCGACUCGCGCAAUUACUUGCUAACAGUAUUCAAUGUGGCAAAGAGACAAAGUCAAGGCAGUGGCUUUGCCGUUUUAUAAGAUGUUAUAUUUAUGGAGUGAGAUAAAUUAUAUUUGAUUAAAUUUUUAAGAGAGUCUUAUCAACAAUUCCCUCCAAAUCAUUCCUUUUAACUUAAAACUGCGAGUCCCUAAAACUAGAAGCUAAUUUUUAAGUUAACAAGAAAAAUUGUUGAUACAUAUUUUU